GGAGCGCCCGGGAGGUGGAGGCCUCCGGCCGGCAGCGGCAAGAGCUGGCCGCCACCCUGGACACCGUGGUGCAGAAGGUACGUUCUCUUCAAACCACAUUUGGAGAAUUUGAAUCCAUGAUGAAAAUCGUUCAGCAGAAGCAGGAGGUGAGCGAGAAGGCUGUUAAACAAGGGGAGAGUGAAAUAAACCGGAUCAGCGAAGUGCUUCAGAAGCUGCAAAAUGAAAUUUUGAAAGACUUAUCUGAUGGCAUUCACAUGGUGAAGGAUGCAAGGGAACGAGACUUCACAUCUCUGGAAAACACAGUGGAAGAGAGACUAACAGAGCUGACCAAGUCUAUAAAUGAUAACAUUGCUGUAUUUACUGAAGUCCAGCAAAGGAGCCAAGAUGAAAUCAACAAUAUGAAAACAAAGGUUGGUUCACUAGAACAUGCAGAUGUGUAUAAACAUGAAAUUAAGGUGCUAAAAGAUGCUUUAGAUCAGAUGCAAGCAUCCAUGAAAAUGAAAGAAAAGGACAUAGAGACCUUGAAGAGUACAAUAGACUCCAUGGAGUCUGAUGUGUACACUGAAGUGAAAGAGUUAGUCAACCUCAAACAAGAACAUGAAAAGUUCAAAGAGGCUGCGGACACUGAACACCUUUCAUUAAAAGCUUUACAAGAGAAAGUUCUGAGAGCUGAGGAUUCUAUUAUGCAGCUCCCUAGUGACAUUAAAAGACUUGAUGAAGAUUUACUGCAAAUUAAAACCAACCUCAACAAAUGGGAAGAUAAUGAACUCUUCAGAAAAGCAUUAGAAACUUUUGGGAAGAACAGUGAAGGACUGGAGUCUCGAUUGAGGCACAUAGAAGACAGCCUAGAGUCUCUAGCAUCUAUUGCUGCUCAAAACAGUGAAAAGUUGGAAUCUUUCCUUUCUAAGGAGGCAGAGUAUGCGAAUAAACUCAAUACCCUAGAACAAAGCAUUAGCACUCUUCAGGGACUCUCAGAUACAGACGUAACUUCAGUCACAGAUACUCUGAAAAAUCUUGGUGAGGCACAGACUUCGCUGUACAACGACAUGGAAAGCUUAAAGAGAAGCAUCAGUGACUUGCCAUCCUCUGGUGCUCUCCAGGAUGUCCAGAAGCAAAUUAGUACUUUGUUGGAUCAAGGAAAUCUUCAGGCAGGUCAAACGCUUUCUCAAGGCUACCUUGAAAAGUUUUCUUCUAUGGAAGGCUCUGUAGAUGAACUGCGAUCUUCUGUUAGCCAGGUUGAUUCCGAUUUGAAAAUGAUAAGAACUGCAGUGGAUAGUUUAGUCGCCUAUUCAGUGAAAAUUGAAAAUAAUGAGAACAACUUGGAGUCUGUGAAGAGCUCAAUAGAUGACUUGAGGAAUGAUCUGGAAAGGUUGUUCGUGAAAGUAGAAAAAAUACAUGAAAACAUUUAGGCAGUGGUGCUCCUUGGGCAAUUAAUGGGUUAAGGAGAAUAGCUUUUGUAUGCCGUGUUUUUUACUCUUUUAAAAAGCAAUUUGAUACCUCCAAAGAGAGUAAGAAUACUUUAAUAAUAGAGACAGUUCUGCUUAUUUCCUUAUUUCUUUUCCACGUAGUGUUUUUGGAGUUUUUGUUGUUUGGUUUUUUCUUUCCCCUAAAUUUUGUUUUAAGAAAACACAAGUUUAGUUGGGGGUUGAGUUUCUUAAGGGCUCAUCUUCUCUAUGAAGUUGUACCACUGUUAAGUGUAGUGGUGUAACUAAGGCACUACAGCCUUGUUAGCAUGGGCACAUAUUUAAUGGCAUGAAGGUGUUUCACACUGACACUAGAUACUCCACACAGAAGGGCUACAGCUGUUCUGGUACCCAAAGCAUACUGCUGCACUCACUGAGGAUUUUACUGGUAUGUUUUGGUUUGAGAAACAAAACUACACAUUAUCUUAAACUAUCUACUGUGGUCAACUUAAAAGAGUGGGGCAGGUGUGGAACACCUCAUCUGUUUCUGCAGUUUGGGACUCAGAUGUGUGGACAGUUUACCAAGGGUCAGCUGAGCUGUAGUGUGUUUCUGUGAGACCUUAAUCUGUACCAAGGAACUAACAAGGUCUGAGGUAAGUGGCACUGCCUGGGGCUAAGACCUAAGAGAUUCAUUCUUUGUGAUCACAGGCUUCUUUUCCAGCAUCUUCAGCUGCUGGUGCAGAAGAUCAGUGCUUAGGAGGGACAUCUGAAGGAUGGGAUUAAUUUCAAGAGGGUGCAGUAAUAUUUUUGUCAUAUUGUUAGAUUGUUUACAUGAUUAGGCUGUGUCUUCCUUGGAAAGGAAGGUCUUUGAUAAGAGAUUUUUCUGCAAAAAAUCAUCACAAAUUUGAGGAAAGAGAAGGACCAAAAUUGCACCUGUUGUUUUCCAUAUAUAACAAGCAUGCUAGCAACAGCAAUAAUACACUCCAAAACACACAAGAGGGAAAAUCACCUUGAAAUCAGCAGAAUUGCUUCUAUGGCAUGUACAUUUCCAAAUUUCCACAGCUAACAGUGACCUGAACUCUUGUUAUGUAUUCGGGACUUCAUGCCUGAUUCUUGUCACUAUUUUUGUCACCAGGUGUCUGGCUAAGGCAUUGGUAGCAAAGAUCCUUCUAGGAGACCUGCUCUAGGAGAGCGAGGAAAAAGUGUCAUAAUUCUGUAGAUGGUUCUUUUAGAAACCACUUCCUCGUGGAGCUUCUUUGGUUUUCUGUAUUUUUGGAAAGGAUUUCUAAUAUCUCUCCUUUUCAAGUUUACUUCUGAACUUUAUCCAAAAAAUUGGUAAAGGAGUCUACACAUAGGUACCUUGGAAAUAGGCCACCUCAGCCUGGACCAGACAGAUCCUUGACUGUGUUAGAUGAAAAAUUCGUAGAAAUAGCAUCUCCCAGAAAUGGGAACAGCACAGGUGAAAAGGAGUUCUCCUAGGUAAAUAGGAUACUGAACCAUAUCCAGUGUUGUUCCCGCUGUAAACAGGAAAGAAUUGCUGUCAGAGAAAGAGGGAGCCAUGGCAUUAAGGUAACUGUUGUCACUGUUGGAACUGCACUGUUCUUUGUUGACUUAUCAAGUUCUUGAACAAUGUUGUUUAGGUUACUGUGAAAUGAACUCUAUGGCUUAUUUGCAGUAUUUUUAAUACAUAAUAAACAUUUGGAAUAUUCUUUGCACUUUU